CUUCAUGAUGAACAGUUUUUGAUGCCUGGUUUAGUAGACACACACGCACACGCUCCACAAUACAUGUUUGCUGGCUCUAAUAUGGAUCACCAACUACUGGAAUGGCUUAACGCUUAUGUAUUUCCAUGUGAAGCUGCCUUUAAGGAUACAAAACAUGCUGCAAAGGCAUAUACACGAGUCAUUCAACGCUUCUUGGCCAAUGGAACGACAACCUGCAGCUGGUUUGCAACAAUUCAUCUAGAUGCAUGCAAGGUGCUCGUAGACACAAUCGAUAAUUUGGGCCAGCGUGCCUAUGUAGGUAAAGUGAACAUGGAUCAAAACUCUCCCGAGUAUUAUAUCGAAUCAACCGAGUCAAGUCUGAAGGACACGCGAGAGUUUAUCGAGUACGUGCUUGGCAAGAAAGAUACUCUUGUCACACCCGUCGUCACGCCGAGAUUUGCCAUUUCCUGUACCCGAGAGUUGAUGAAUGGCCUAGGAGAGUUAGCAAAGGAGUAUAACUUACCUAUUCAAACUCACUUGUGUGAAAACUUGGAGGAAAUCAAACUCACAAAGUCAAUAUUUAAAGAUUCCAAGGAUUAUACCAGCGUCUAUGACGAUUCUAAUUUGCUGAAUGAAAAGUCUUAUAUGGCUCACUGUGUUCAUAUGACAGAAGAUGAACUAACGAUGCUAGCUGAACGAAAGACAGGCGUUGCUCACUGUGCCAAUUCUAAUUUUUCCUUACACAGCGGCGUGUGUAACGUAAGACGCUUUUUAGAAAAGGGUAUCAAGGUAGGCUUGGGUACGGAUGUUGCAGGUGGAUUCUCGCCCUCGAUGUUGGACGCGGUACGCUCUACAUUCUUUGCAUCUAAGACAAUGAAGAUCAUGAAGCAAAGCGAAGAUUACAAAUAUCUGUCUGUUCCUGAAUUAUUCUAUUUAGCUACUUUGGGAGGAGCAAAAGUGUUAAAUUUGGAGCAACAAAUUGGUAAUUUUGUAACAGGAAAAUCAUUUGAUGCCCUCUGGAUAGACCUAAAGCAUGGAUCUGUUGAUCUCAUGGGAGGAGAGACGGGGACGCAAAAGAUUGAAAAGUUCUUGUUUAAUGGCAGUGACCAGAACAUUCGACACGUUUAUGUUCAAGGCAAGCGUGUGGCUGGAAGAAGACAAGACUAG